CAUAGCAUGACACUCCUUCAUCACUCCCUUUUUUCUUUUCCUCUAAAAUUUAUGACUUUUUAGCCCUUUCCUUUAUAUAUAUUUUUAAACUUUUAUCAUCAUCCUUCCUCCUUGUCCCUCUCCCCCUCUUUUAUCCAUUGGAUUUUUUUUUUGUCAACAAAUCUUUCUAUAUAUACACACACAAACUCCCAACCCAUCCCCUCCAAAUUCCACAAAUAAAAAAAAAAAAAAAAAUUAUGUCCCCAUCAGGUAUUACUCCUUCAAGAUGGUGUCCAACACCAGAACAAGUGAUGAUUUUGGAGGAAAUUUAUAGAAAUGGGCUUAAAACUCCCAAUGCCACUCAAAUUCAGCAUAUUACUUCUCAUCUUUCUUUCUAUGGUAAAAUCGAAGGCAAAAAUGUGUUCUAUUGGUUUCAAAAUCACAAGGCUAGAGAUCGCCAAAAGCUAAGAAGGAAGCUCUAUAAACAGCUUCAACAACAUCAUUUUUUGAUGAAACGUCACCGUUUUGAUGAGCAUACUCAGUUCUUUCACUACUUCCUUCCCCAGCAUGUGCCGCAACUACUCCCGUUUCCAUCUCCUUCUCAUCAGAAGGAGGGUGAAGAGGAGCCGGCGACGGAGGUGGAGGGUGGUAGGACGACGUGGUUUGGUGGCGAUGAGGGCACGACGGUGGCGGAAGAAGAUGGAGAGACGACAUGUCGUAAUGGGACUUUAAGGACGUUGGAGCUGUUUCCGGUGAGAGCGAGUUGGAUGAAGGAAGAAGAAGGCACGAGUGGAAACGGCGGAUGGAUGAAUUAAUGAAAAAUAAUAAAUAAAAUAAAAAUUAAAGGGAAAAAAUAGGGUAGGGCGUAGGCGUAGGGUAAGUAGUGAGUACGUAGGGUUUUAAAAUUGGGUGUCAUAAUCAAUAUUGUAAAAAUUAUGGGAGAAAAAAAAUCCGAUUUGCCGUUUCACUUUUUCCAUUUAUUCACAUUCUGCCCCCCGCCUUUUAACAAAUUUCUGUAUUUCUCUCUAUGGUGUCUUUGUCAUUUGUGUAUGGUGUGGCCUUUUCUAAGGAUUAAAAUAUA